AUGUCUUCUCCGAUCAGCUCAUCCUCGGAGUACAACAGUGCACUGGAUCAAACGUUCAAUUCGACGCUUGAUUCGGACAAGAUGAACAGUUCCGAUCUGAGUAACAGCGAUAUUGAAAAUGUGAAUCUUGCUGGCGACUGGAACGAAACGCUCCGAGCAAAGCAGAGGAAAAAUACGAAAGAUUCUACCCAGCAGCUUCUGGACAGCUUGCGGAACAACAAUUUUGACCAGACUCCGGUGGCGGUGGCUGCGACGGCGAAGGGUGAAACGAUUGGCGAUGCGACUGCACUGAACAGCACGGCAAGCACGCUCAGCCUAGAUCUGAGCGCUGCCGGUGACCUGUCGGACACGAUCAACAAUGUGACGCUUUCGUUCGUAAGCUCGUCGGAGGAGGACGGUGAGUUGCUGACAGCCAGUACGCCCCGUGUUCCCGAUGUCAGCGUGAACAUGUCGCAGUCCGACACGUCAACCGCUACGACCCAGGGCGAGAAGGAUUCACACGACACCACGGCCAAUGUGUCGCAGCUGCCAGCGGAAAGUGGUACCGAUUCGGCCAUUCCGCUAUACGCCACGCUCGAAGAGUUUGAUCGCAAUCUUCCGGAGACGGUGACGCUGCUGACAAAACCGGACGGUACGAAGGUGUAUCUGGUCGGGACGGCUCAUUUUAGCGAAAGUUCCCAGCGGGAUGUUUCGCUCGUGAUGAGAAAUGUGAGGCCGCACGUAGUGAUGUUGGAGCUGUGCCCAUCGCGUGUACACGUUUUAAAGUACGACGAGAAAACGCUGCUCGAGGAGGCGAAAGAGAUGAAUAUGGCUAAGAUGCGAGCCAUCAUUCGGACGAACGGUUCGAUCAAUGGGCUAUUCUACAUUCUGCUGCUAAACAUGAAUGCCAAGUUUACGAAGAAACUGGGCAUGGCCCCGGGUGGUGAGUUUCGGUGCGCGGUGAAGGAAGCGCAACAGAUCCCGAACUGUGUAAUACAGCUCGGCGACCGACAGAUUAAGGUAACGCUGCAUCGGGCUCUGCGUGGCCUUUCCUUGUGGCAAACGAUCAAGCUGAUACCGAAGCUGCUGUUCAUCGACGAUGACAUCAGCAUCGAGGAGGUGGAGCAGUGUAAGCGGAAAGAUUUGCUCGAGGAGAUUAUGCUGGAAAUGGCCGACGAGUUUCCCGCAUUCGGGCGCGUGUUUAUCGACGAGCGGGAUCUGUACCUGUGCCAUUCGUUGCAGAUGGCGGCAUUGCCACAGAUUAAUCCAGUUGACGGGCGUGCCGAGCCGGUGCGAGUGGUCGGGGUUGUUGGCAUUGGACAUGCGGCCGGUAUUGCCAAGCAUUGGGGUAAAGUCGAUACGAGCAGCAUCGAGUCUAUCGUUACGAUUCCACCGGCCAGCUUAGGACACCGGAUGGUGAAGUAUACCGUGAAGUAUGGUUUGCUCGGGCUUGCAGCUUACGGUGUGUUCCGGUUCGCUCGGCCAAGGUUGGGACGACUUUUCCUUUGAUUUUGUCCCUC